ACACCAAGCCGCCUAUUAAAAAAAAAAAAUGCAAACCCUAAAACGCUCUGACUUCCGUUUCUCCUCUUUCGGAUACUCUCUUCUUUCGCUUCCUUUUUAUUUUCUUAACACCGAUGCUUACGAUACAAAGAUAGAGAAGGAGGAAAAAAUAAACCUUGCGAUUCAGAGAUGAGAAGGAGACAGAGUUGAGAGAACUACCACCAGUUUGGAGAGGGAAAAAACAGAGAAAUAAGAGAGAACAAGAGUUCGUUAUUCGGAAAGAGCAGAAACCUUUAUCGGUUAAAAAGCUAGUUUGAUAGUAAUAGCAGAGGUUGAUUUGUGAGAUUGAUGGAGGUAGAUGUAGAUUGAAGGUAUGGUUGUGGAGGUUGAAAGCACAGUUGUUGAAGGUGAAGCUGAAGUGGUUUCUGCCAUUGCUGCUGGGUUCGAUUGCUGCUCUGAUACCAUGAAAAGAAUCUAUCUAAGCUUGAAAAGAUUGCAACAAUGGUGUUCACACAAUAAAACACUCAGUGAGAAGCAAUAAACGCAGAGAGAAAUAGAGAGAAAAUUCAGAGAGAGACGAAGAAAGAAUAGAGAUUUCUAGAAGAAUGAAUGCUUCACAGUUCAUUACACUUGAUGUACAAUAUAUAUAUAUAUAUAUAUAUAUUACAAGAGAAACAGUAACUGCCUAAUCAGAGAUCCCUGAAAUCUCGGGAUUGAUUCGUAAAAUGUGGAGGGAAAUUAGGAACUGAGUAACUACCAAUAACCACCUAACAGACUGAUCUAAUGAACCAAUACAGAAGUACAAAAUGCAGCGUAUCAAUGAACUAAUAACAGAAGGACUAAACGCAACAUUUCAUUAAAUACAUUUACAACCUUGCAUUAAAUAGAACGACAUCAUUCUGUUGCAUAUCUGGACCAGCCGUUGAGAAACUAACCGUUGGGCAUUUGAACCUUAUUUUGGUUAGACAUUUGAGCAAUACUCUAUUUGUCUUUGGGUUUACUCUUAACAAUGGCAGCAGCAUUUGUUGGAGGGGCUUCUCUUGGGGCAGCAUUUGGAGAGGUCUUUGCAGUGUUACAUGACACAAUUAAGGAAGUGGUAGGCAAAGUCCGUAAGUUCAAACCCAUUCUUGAAAACCUUGAAUCCACGUUGAAUAAUUUGGCUCCAAUGGUCGACGAAAUAAGACAAUUAAGCGAACAACUUGAUCUUCCAGAACUGCAAACAAAGAAAUUGAUGAAGCAUAUGGAAGAAGGAGUGAAGCUGGUUCGCAAGUGCUUGAAAAUCUGGUGGUGGAAUAGCUGUUUCAAAGUAGGUUACUCCGCCAAACUUAAAGAGUUGGAUGAUGAAAUCCUCAGGUUUUGUCAGGUUGAUUUGCAAGUACAUAACACGAGGAAUGUUUUGAAGACUUUGGAACAGGUAAAUCAUAUUGUUAAGAGAGUUGAUUCAUUAAGGGCGAAGCCACCGGGGACAAAGACCAAGGCCCUGGUGAACGGCGGCCGUAACUAUAAGGGUCCCAAGCCCCUUGCCCCACACAAAACUCCCCCCGCUUCUUCUAGUAAGUCGAUAUUUGCUACACUAUUCUCCUGUUUCGGUUGCACUACUUAAUGAUAGAAGCGAACCAAGCAUUCCAUAAUCUUGUUCAUCACGCCGGGAUGGUUGAUGACGAGGUGUGGUAUAAAUGGAGGAGGCUCCACCGUGUAUUGCUGCUAUCAUCCUACGCGAAUGUGAAAUUUCAGGUAAAGCCCAGACUUGUCAUCUGGGGCUUUAGUUCAGAAUCAUUCAGAUAUUCCUUCAUGGUUAGAAGAAGGUUGUCUUAUUGUUUUUAUUUUUGGGUAAUAGGUAAGACUUAGGUAAAUGUAUUUUUCAAAUAAAUAGCCACAUGGUUAAA